UUCGAAGGGAAGCACCUUCUCAUCUCGCCUUGAACCGAUGACGUUCCCAACAAAGGGGAAAGUUUGCAUAAAGGUUAGGAGAUUUGAUUUUCCGAAUGGCCAGUUUGAAAAGUUGACUUUGGUACCGGAACUCUUCUGUAUCUUCGCGUUUCCGGGGAAAGAUAAUUUAGGACACACAUCGCCGAGACGCCUGCUUUGUUUUGACCUAUGAUGUUGACGAGAAGUUCCAUACAGAACUUGUUAAGCCAGCUUGAUGCACCGGUUUUAAUUCUUUAGGACAGAGUCCACAAGGUCUCCCAGCAUUUUCUUAAACAUGGUCCUCCAUUAAAUGUAUAAUUUCCGCGUCGUUGGACAAGGGUAUCAUGGAGAUGUAUAUACAUGAGUAAGCUUGGCGGAAUGAUGACAUUGGAAUAAUAAAUUAUUUAAAUCCGUAGAAACAACGUUCUUAUGUAUUUAAUUGAUGCAUACCUUAAGACGCUUUCACUUCGAGUAUUCCAGGAAGUACACCAUAACUUUGAAGCCUACUUGAAAUCGGACAACUGCUGUUAAUAGUGUGGUUAGUUAGGGGGACGAUGGCAUUAUUUUGUUUGCGUCUGAACAGAAGCAGCUACUUCUACCCGCUGUCUGCACACCUGACAUCUUGCUUUCAAGUCUACAAACAAGGGGGGCAUGCUUGGAAAACUCGACCAUUCUUGUCAUCGGCACAACUCUCCACGAAAGACCGCUUUCAAAGAGCUACAAACACAGCUAUACUUCCCCUCAGAACUGCAAUAUUUGCGAGAACGUUUUUACCUCGCGACAAGACCGCGUUUUUGCAGGCAUGGAGGCAAGCUAAGGGCGUCGCUGUACGUACUCUGUGGGGGCAUCAUAUCCACACCUCCAGACCGUUGAGGGCUCUGCCUGCUCCUCUCAUAUGGUUACUGCUCAAACCUCUGCAGAAGCUCCUGGCGGUCAUACUUGGAAGGAGCAUCAGGAAGUGGUGGGUGGCCCUGCCUCCCAACCGCCGGCAGCUGGCACGUGAGGCAGCCUGGCGUAACCGCUGGGUACUGACAGCGGCUGCUGCAAUCAUUAUGGUGAUUGCUGCGCUCUUCCUCCUGACCCACUUGGACGAGUCCCCCUUGACGGGGCGAACGCGCCUCCUGGUGUUCAGCAGGGAGAACUACAUGGAGUUGGCUGCAGUAAUGACGGAGGACUACUUGGAGAAGUUUGCGGAGCAGCUGGUCCCUGGAGACGAUCCAAGUCAUCGCUUGGUGGAGCGGGUGGUCCAGCACCUGGCCGAUAGGAACAAGGAUGUUCCCGAGGUGUCCUCCAUCCCCUGGAGCGUCCACGUCGUCAAAGACCCCACAGUCAACGCCUUUGUCCUCCCUAAUGGCAAAGUGUUCAUGUUUACUGGAAUGCUUGAAAUGGUGGCAGAUAUUCACCAGCUCUCCUUUGUCCUCGGACACGAGAUGGCCCACGCCAUCCUGGGCCACUCCGCGGAGCAGGCCAGCCUGUCCCACGUUGUGGACUUGCUGUCUCUUAUCCUGCUGACCGCCAUCUGGGCCUUAUGUCCCCGGGACAGUCUUGCCGUGUUUGGACACUGGAUCCAGGGCAAACUUAUACAGCUGAUGUUCAGCCGUCCGUACAGCAGGAAACUGGAGGCCGAGGCUGACAAAGUUGGAAUGCAGCUGGCAGCUAAGGCGUGCGCGGACGUGCGCGCUGCCCCGGUGUUUUGGCAGCAAAUGGAGAUCACAGAUCAGCUCAGGGCAGUGCCAGCUGUCCCAGAGUGGCUGUCCACACAUCCCUCACACAGGAACCGAGUUACACAGAUGGACCGCUUUGUGCCUCAGCCCCUCUGCCUGAUGCCGUGUGUCAAGUGCUCCGCUGAAGAGCUGAGUUUAAAAGGCUCUGGAGCUAAGAGAUUGUUGCGAGUGUCCGGCCCUCCCGUCCGCAGACCCCCGCGUUGUCUUCUCCAAGAGCGUCCGGACACUGCUGGACAAGGCCAAGGUCAAAGGGCGGGGGAGCCAGAGCUCAAACUCACCACCACAGCCCCAAUGACAUCCGCACCCCCAGGAUGCAACAAGUACCCCUGACUGCAGCCCGCAGACAGAGCCCACAUGGAGGGGGCGGGCACUCCGCCCACAUGGAGGGGGCGGGCACUCAGUCCACAUGGAGGGGGCGGGCACUCAGUCCACAGCGAGGGGGCGGGCACUCCGACCACAUUGACGAUUGAGCAGAUUUCCUCUGCUCUUGUUAAUGCAAGAGUAAACGGUAAUACUAUGUUAAGCUAGCGGGAGCCCAUGCUGUUAAUUAAAUUAUACAAACAGAUGGUACGGGAGUAUUGUGACUGGGUAUCUUUCUUGCUGCGUACCAUGGAACUAUUAUAAAGUUAAGCAUAGCCUAAACGACUUGCAAAUACAUUUUCUCUUGUUCAUUUUUUUUUCGCUUAGCUGUUCCACUCAUGGACCUAUUAAGGUUCCACUUAGAGUUCACGUUACAACCGUUUGCCGUUGCUCCAUGUUUAAAUCACAUUGCCUUGUUCGUGACCCGUCUCAAAUUCACUAACUGAAAUAGUGCCCCCUAGUGAUCUUUUUUUUUUUUACUCAGUAUUAAUAGGCCUACUAUUGCAGUUUUCGCUUGAAUUUUUGUAUUUCUCUACUGAUUGCUUUGACAAUGCAACAUUAAAAGUUACUAACAGCGACUUCACACAGAAGCUCUGGCUUAGUGCCGCCCUUGGGCCCCUGGGAGUGUGCCCGGUGUGCCCGUGCGGUAAUCCACCCUUGCCUGUAAACAAUGCAACGUGUCCGAACUCCUGUACCCGUCUGUCUGUGAGAGUUACAGGCCCAGUAAGAGCCAAAAUAAGAUUUGGGGAACUAUGAAGACUGGAACCCAAAGGUAUGACCUUAACAGAUGUAAUGUGAGGAAUAACGAAGUGACCACAUCUAAGGGCAAAAAAUGUACCUCAAUAGACAUAAUGAAAAGCUACAUGUGUGAAGCACAUUAAGUUACACCAAUCACAGGAGCACUAACAACAGUCUUUUUAUUCAACAAAACAAUUAAAAAAUAACAACUACAAAAAAUAGAUUGUAAACUAUAAACAUAAAAGAUAAAUCAAUAAAGAGUAGAACAAACAAAGUCUCAACGGGGGGGGGGGGGGGAAACACACUGACGCCUUCCUCAGUGAGGUGGACGCCACUAUUGCUUCACGCUCUGUCGCCCGACAAUCGCCGCCAUAGCUGCCAAGCGCCGCCAUUAUGCUGCAUCAUCAGACUACAUUGGAGUCGUGUGGCGCAGGCGUCACGGGGAGGGGGAGAGGUGUUUGACUCAAAAGAGGCAAACUCCUUCAGGUUUCUCCUGUCCAUCAUCUCCACACAGAACAGUUCAUAGUCAGUAUUUAAUAGGGCUGGGAAUCGAUCCGAAUUUCCUGGAUCGAUCCGAUUCCGAUUCAUAAGGUCACGAUCCGAUUCGAUUUGAUAUCGAUCUAUUUACAGACAUAAUGCAAAUAAAUACUGUCGCAUAGACAAAAAAGCUC